AUGGCUUACCUGCCUGAUAGCUUUGUAGUGCCUGGUGGUGAUGGGCGGAGACCUGACCUGUGGGGGGAAUGGGGCCCACCUUCAGCGUGUUCUCGAACUUGUGGCGGAGGUGUCGCGUAUCAAUCACGACAAUGCACACAUAUAGCACCUGAUGGAACGCCAUACUGCGACGGCGGAGACAAAAAAUACUUUUCAUGUAAUACUGAGGAAUGCCCCGACGGUUCCGUUGAUUUCAGAGCAGAACAAUGUUCAAAAUUCGACGAAGUUCCUUUUGAGGGUGUGAGAUAUGAAUGGGUGCCCUAUACAAAAGCUCCGAAUGCCUGUGAGUUGAACUGCAUGCCUCGUGGAGAUAGAUUUUACUUUCGACAUAAGCUCAAAGUUAUUGAUGGCACAAGAUGUGAUGAUGAAAAGCCUGAUGUUUGUGUAAACGGUAUUUGCCAGCCAGUAGGAUGCGAUAUGAUGAUAGGAUCAUCAGCACGAGAAGAUAAAUGCCGAAUAUGCAGAGGCGAUGGUUCCACUUGCAGCACAUUGGAGGGCACUCUGGAAGAACGAGACAGGCCAAUGGGCUAUAAUGAUUUGUUAUUAAUUCCUGCGGGCGCCACAAACAUAGAAGUAAAAGAAUUAGCACCUUCUAAUAAUUAUUUGGCUGUACGUAACAGCACAGCACAUUAUUACUUAAAUGGAAAUUGGCGCAUACAGUUUCCUAGAGUUUUAACAUUCGCGGGCUGCCACUGGCAUUACGAACGCUGGCCCCAGGGUUUUGCUGCUCCCGAUACGCUUCGUUGUCUGGGUCCUAUUAAUGAACCACUGUAUAUUGUUCUCUUGACCCAAGACCGUAACGUGGGUGUGAGGUACGAGUAUUCAGUUCCAAACAGUUUGGCAAAACCAAAUCACCCGGAUGUUUAUACGUGGACGUACGAUGAUUUUUCACCUUGCUCAGUAAGCUGUGGUGGCGGUCUGCAGACUCGACGUGUGACUUGCUCAAAUCGACUUGACUUACAAAUUGUUUCUGAUGAGCUGUGUGAUUCCAAUCAGAGACCACAGGAACAACAAGUAUGUUCUACUGAGCCAUGUCCUGCUCACUGGGUCCCUGGCGCGUGGUCGCAGUGUUCUACUCCUUGCGGUCAAUCUGGUGUUCGGGAAAGACAAGUCUUCUGUCAGAGAGUUGUUGCUAAUGGAAUAACGUCGCUUGUAGAUGACAGUCAAUGCUUAGACUCGGGAGAAAAUAAACCACCCCAAACUGAGGCUUGCAAUCAAGACGAAAUUUGUCCUGAAUGGCAUGUGGGACCUUGGUCACCGUGUGAUCGACUGUGCGGUCCUGGCGCUAAACGACGCGACGUCAAAUGCUUCCGUAGGGAUGACCAUGGACGAAUUAUAGUAUUACAAGAUUCGGACUGUCCAGAACCAAGACCGGAAUCUGCUCAACAUUGUACUUUAAGACCGUGCGAGGGUGUUGAUUGGAUUACAUCUGCUUGGAGUGGAUGUUCGGCUUGUGGUUCUGCUCAAGAGACUCGUGCUGCUUAUUGCGCUAGUGCAGCAGGUGAUAUUUAUCCAGAUGAAAUGUGUCAUGGGCACAGUAAACCAGAAACUGUUCGUUCAUGCGCUGAUGAACACUGCGAUGGAAUGUGGUUUUCCACCCAAUGGACUAAGUGUUCUGCACGUUGCGGUAAAGGUGUUCGUACACGAAAAGUUUUCUGUGGUGAGUUUGUUGACGAUUUGAUUAAAAAAAUCGAUGAAUCAAGAUGUCAACCUGAAGACAAAAUGUCAGAGGAAGAAGAAUGCAUUACUGAACCAUCCGUUUGUGGCGCUGAGUGGUUUACUGGACCAUGGUCGGAGUGUUCUGAACCUUGUGGCGGAGGAGUACGAACAAGAAAAGUACUGUGCAUGGAAAAUGAACAAGUUGUUCCUUCUUCAAAUUGUGAUUUGGAUCUUAUCGAAUUUUCAUCGGAAGAAUGCGGCAAUGAAACAUGCACUACUGAUUCUGUGAUUCAUGUGGGCUCUCACUCGCCUUUAACAUUAUCAGAGACUGAAGAAUCAUCAGAAAGCUCUAUGUCAAUAACAUCUGUUAGUCCAGAAGAGUAUGAAGAUGAAGAUGAAGAUGAUUUAGAGUGGUGUGAAGAAGAUGAAGAUGAAGACGAAGAAGGAGCAGAUGAGAGCACUGAAGAUUUGGGUGCUUUGGGACUAGUCUCAUUUGAUUUAUCAACAGCCGAAAUGGUAUCUGAGUCAACGCUGUUCUCUGAAGAUUUAAUGUUGAGUGAUAGCACAAGUAGCGACGCGGGUGUGUCGGAUGCGACUGAAGUAUCAUUAUCAACAGAGGGGUCUGGUGCUUCGACACUAGAUGAAGGAUCUGGUGACACGUCUGAUUUUACUUCAUCAGAUAUUUCCACAACGGAAAAAUCGUCAGAAAUGAGUUCAGAAAUAUCUUUGGCGACUAGUUCAUUAUCAAGUUCUGAAUCUACACUUUCUUCAGAAUUUACUUCUGGUGCAGAAAGCACCAGCGGCUCCAUUAGUACUUCAGAAGGUUCAACUAUUUCUGCAACUAGUGAUCACUCAGAAUUUAGCACGGAAAGCACUUCACUUUCAUCAAUUGCCUCAGACUUAACUUCGGAAAUUGCUACUGCUCUAAGUGCAGAUAUGACAUCAGAUUAUGUUUCUACUGAAGUAUUUACCGGUUCAACUGACGUUUCAAGUGCUGAAUCUAGUUCUGAGACCAUUACUGAAUCAAAUACUGAAUUAGUUUCGGAAACAAGCACAGAAUCAGUUUCGGAAUCUAGUUCUGUAUCAAAUACUGAAUCAAGUACUUCAGAAAGCUUAGACUCAAGCAGUAGCCUGUCUAGUGAAUCUCCGGAAACUACAGAUUCAUCAAGCACUAUGUCAUCAACAUCAGAUGAGUCAACUAUUUCUAGUCAAAUGACAAGUGACAGUACAUCAGACCUAGUAUCUAGUUCGAGUGAUACUACAACGAACGCAGCAUCGUAUUCUAGUGAAGCUUCAUCGGAUGGAAUAACUGAAACUAGUGAUUCAACAACGGCAAGCGAAACUUCAAGCCAAACCAGUUAUAUGUCCACUGUGUCUGACAAUCUAGGUUCGCAGCCACCAGAAGUUAAUGGUGAAGUUGAUACCGCCGAAUUUUCUAUAACUACGCUGUCAGAAUCUUCAGAAUACUCAACAUCAACGAGCAGUGAGGAAUUGUCGAAGAGUACGACUGUAGAUAUGUCUACACUAAGUUCUGAAGCUAGCACCGUGGAGUCUUCAAGUACAACCGACAGUUCCGAUGCAACUACCGAAGCAACAGUAUUAUCUACCGAUGUUUUUACCGAAGAAACACCAACUUCCGAUAGCACAAAAAUGUCAGAAGCCAGUGAAGCCACAUCAGAUGCCACCGACGUUACUUCAGAAUCUACUGAGAUUACUUCAGAGAUCUCUGAGUUUACUUCAGAAGCUUCUGAGAUUACUUCAGAGGCCUCUGAGAUUACUUCAGAGUUCACUGAGUUCACUUCGGAAACUUCAGUUUCUGUGACAGAUUCUUCAGAGUCAACAAUAAGUUCGGAUAUCACAGAUGAGAUGUCAGAAACAAAUAUUUGGUCAACUACGGAAGAAACGUCAGAAAAAUCGGAUACAACGCCAAAUAUAAUGUUAGACAUAAUAACUAAAAAAUCAAGAAAAUUGAAAAAAUGUAAACCAAGGCCAAAGAAAAAGCCAAAAUGUGUGACAUCAAAAUAUGGUUGCUGUCCAGAUAAUAAAACUGCCGCAACAGGGCCAUUUGAUGAAGGUUGUAUUAUUCCUAAGACAUGCUUGGAAACCGAGUUUGGUUGUUGUCCAGAUGGCAUAUCAACAGCCAAAAGUAAAUCAAAGAAAGGAUGCCCCAAAAUUAUAUGUAAAGAGUCACUAUAUGGCUGUUGCCAAGAUAAUAAAACAGCUGCCCAAGGCAACGAUCAGGAGGGCUGUCCCAUACCCACUACCGCAGCUCCCGGUUGCAAAGAAUCAGAGUUUGGAUGUUGCUCAGAUGAAAUAUCUUUUGCCAAAGGUCCAAAUAUGGCCGGAUGUACUUGCGAAGACUGCACAACAGAAUCAACACCAGUUCCUCAAGAGGAUUGUCAAAACUCUGAAUUCGGUUGCUGUGACGACGGUGUUUCAUUUGCUACUGGACCACAAAAAGAAGGUUGUCUAUCAAAAUGCCAAAGAUCUAUAUUUGGUUGUUGCCGGGACGGUAAAACGCCUGCUCAUGGUCCAAAUGAAGAAGGUUGCUGUCUGGGAAGUCCUUAUGGCUGUUGUCAAGACAACAUUCAACCAGCCCGUGGUAUCAAUUAUGAAGGAUGUGAUUGCCAAUAUUCCCGUUAUGGAUGUUGUCAUGAUAAUACGACGUCUGCUAGAGGACCUGACCAGGAGGGAUGUGACUGUCAUUAUACAACAUAUGGUUGCUGCCCUGAUGGAAUAGCGCCUGCUCGAGGACCAGACUACUUUGGUUGUACCUGUUCCUCAUACCAAUUUGGUUGUUGCCCUGAUGGUAUUACAAUAGCCAGAGGACCACACAAACAAGGGUGCGGAUGUGCGGAAAGUAAAUUUGGUUGUUGCACUGACGGAGUGAACCCUGCCACAGGACCGAACGGCGAGGGAUGCGAUUGUUCAAAGAGCGAACAUGGAUGCUGUCUCGAUGGUACAACUGAAGCAGGAGGUGAUAAAUUUGAAGGUUGCACUGACAAACCUAAAUAUCCACAAGAAUACUGUGCACUGGAUAAAGAAAGGGGAACAUGUCGUAAUUACACCGUUCGCUGGUUCUUUGAUACCGCAUACGGUGGGUGCAGUCGCUUCUGGUAUGGAGGUUGUGAUGGAAACAAUAAUAGAUUCAAUUCACAAGAAGAAUGCAAAGAUAUAUGUGUUGAUGUCCAAGGCAAAGAUCGUUGUCGGCUGCCAAAGAUAACUGGUCCAUGCGAUGCAUAUUAUCCAAUGUGGUAUUAUGAUAAUGAAAGGAAGCAAUGUGGACAGUUUAUAUAUGGAGGAUGCCUAGGAAACAAUAAUAAAUUCGAAACGAGAGAAGAAUGCGAAGGAUUGUGUGUCAGUCACCAAACAUUGGAUACGUGCGAUCAGGAAAUGGAUGAGGGUCCUUGUAGAGGAUCGUUUGAGCGGUGGUAUUACGAUAAAAAUUCAAAGAGUUGCCAAAGAUUCCGCUUUGGUGGGUGCAAAGGAAAUAGCAACAAUUUUAUUAGUGAAUCUGCAUGUCAACAGAAAUGUGCAACAAAAGAAGCUCUUCAAGCUUACUGUUACUUGCCAAGAGAACAAGGCACUUGCGAAGAACAAGAAUCUCGUUGGUUUUAUGACACCAAUCAGAAGAGAUGUGUUCCAUUCUACUAUAGUGGUUGUGGCGCCAAUGAGAACAAUUUUGCUACACGCGAUGAUUGCGAACAUUACUGUCCUUCUGUAAAGGCCCGCGAUGUUUGCACAUUACCAAGUCUUGUAGGAGAAUGUCAUAAUUAUACUCAACGUUGGUAUUAUGACACUCUAGCCAAACAUUGCAGAGGUUUUUACUAUGGAGGAUGUGGUGGCAAUGGAAAUAAUUUCUUAGACGAAUUGUCAUGUCUGCAAAGGUGUUCUGAUAGGAUGCCCGAAGAACCUCGCCAUGUACCAGAACGAAGGGAACCCGACGAAAAUAUCGACAGGCAACGUGAAAGGGAGGAAAGAGAAAGAGAAAGGGAAAGGGAAAGAGAAAGGGAAAGGGAAAGGGAAAGAGAAAGAGAAAGGGAAAGGGAAAAUACUCGGCCAGUAUAUUCCAGAGUAAACAUUUUUUUUUCAUGUCCAUUUGUUAAUUAUCAUUUCAUACAAUUAAAUGUUGUAGAUUCAUGUAAUUUGCCUGCCGAACAAGGUCCGUGCGAUUCAUAUGUAGUGCAGUGGUAUUAUGACGCGAGAUCUGGCACCUGCAACAAGUUCCACUACGGAGGAUGUCAGGGAAACCAGAAUCGUUUCAACACAUUACGUGAAUGCAUGCAUGUCUGCCACAGGGGACCUGAUCCAAAUGCUAUUCACUAUGCAACAGUGGCGCCACUGUCUCGAGACAACACAUCAGCAGAUGCCUGUUCAUAUCCUGUUUCCUCUGGACCAUGUUCGUUCCACAUACCAUCUUGGUAUUUCAACAAUGAAACACAACGAUGCGAAGCAUUUGUCUAUGGAGGGUGCGAGGGCAAUCCAAACAGAUUUGAAAGUGAAGAGCUCUGUGAAAGUCAUUGUGUUAGACGACCUGAAGAGAAUAUUAUUAACAAUUGCAUCAAUGACGAUCGAUCGUGUGAAGAAUUACGUUGUCCUUACGGUAUUCAUAAAUCUGUGGAUAAAAAUAAUUGUGUUCAAUGCUCAUGCUUUGAUCCUUGUUCUGAUAUCCGCUGUCACGAAGGAAGUUCAUGCGGAAUAGACUUGCAACGAGAUGAAGUUUCUGGUAGAACAAUUUUCAUUGGAGAAUGUCGGCUCGAAAACAAACCAGGAUCUUGUCCAGUCAGUUUUGUUGCUGGACAUGAGGAAGAUAGAUGUUCUCGUGAAUGCCAUACAGACGCUCAAUGUCGGGGUCCAGCAAAAUGCUGUCAAAAUGGAUGUAGUAUCAUAUGUACUAUGCCUAGUAAAUUAAGCAAUCUUACUGAAUUAUUAACUACAGUUGCACCUAACAUUACUGAUAAUACACCACCACGAUUGUUUGUGCCUUCUACCCGAGUUGACGCUGAACAGGGUAGUGUUGCUGAACUGCAUUGUAGUGUAAUUUCUGGAAAACCAACUCCAACUGUGGAUGGAACAAAAGAUAAUUAUCGAUUGCUACCAGAUAAUACUUUGCAAAUAGUUUCAGUGAGCGAAAAAGAUAGUGGCCAAUAUACUUGUAGUGCUGAUAACGGCGUUGGACAUCCAGUCUCUGAAAAUAUAGAAUUACGGAUAUUAGGUAUAAUAUUUGUCAUUGGUAAUUUAAUGUCAUCAAAAUUAAAGUAA